AAGUCCCUCGCCUCAUAGACUGGAAGUUUUGCGUUUUGUUCUCCGCUUGAUUGACUCAGACCGCCUCUGUCUUCAAUUUCCUCGUAUCUAAGUAAAUAACUGGUUUCUGGGUUUUCGUUUUUUCGCGGGUUAAGAUGUCGGGUAAAGGCGCCAAGGGUUUGAUUACGGGCAAAACCUCAGCUACCAACAAGGAUAAGGACAAGAAGAAACCCACCUCUCGCUCUUCUCGCGCUGGCCUUCAGUUCCCCGUUGGUCGAAUCCAUCGAUUGCUGAAGUCAAGGACCACUGCUCAUGGAAGGGUAGGAGCAACAGCUGCUGUUUAUUCUGCAGCUAUUUUGGAGUAUUUGACUGCAGAAGUGUUGGAAUUGGCUGGAAACGCUAGCAAGGAUCUGAAGGUAAAACGUAUCACUCCCAGGCAUUUGCAGCUUGCAAUUCGAGGCGAUGAAGAACUUGAUACUCUGAUUAAGGGUACUAUUGCUGGUGGUGGAGUCAUCCCUCACAUUCACAAGUCACUUAUCAACAAAUCUUCCAAGGAAUAGCUCUGCAUCCAUUUCCAAGGCAAACUACAACCAUGGAUUUGUUCAAAACAUGCUGUUAGAUGAGGCUCAUGCAAGUUUAAAUUGUUAGCUUAUACUUGCUUUCUUUCGUUCUGUAGGACUUAGUAUGCUUCUCAUAAGUGUUUCCUUUAGUUUAGGACUUGGGCAAAUUGUGUUUGAUACUUUGAUAUGUUAUCAACAGUAUUUGACAUUAUGCAAAAAGUUCAAAUUUGCCCUUA